AUGGCGAUGGUGAUAUCUCAGGCUACGAAAGCGGCGAUCGGCGGUUUCCUUGCUUUGAUGAUUUUGGGUGCCGUAUUAGUAGUGGGUGCGGCUUUCGGUUGGUUCGACCCGAAAAGGGAAGAUGAAGAUACCCCGGCGAAAAUCAGUGCAAGACUACAAGGACGAACUUCGUAUGUCACCCAUCGUGCUGUAAAUCUGGAAGAAAAUAGACUUGCAGUGAUAUCUUAUGUCGCUGGCCAGAAAGGCGGAAUGGAUGAAAAUGGGUCGACUGAUGACACAAUGAAUGCGGAACUUGGAAUGUCCGGAACGCUGGGUAAACUCGGUAGAUCUACAGAAGCUAUUAAUGUACCACAGUCUGAGUAUUGUCAAUGCAGCAAGAACGACAUUUCACGAAUAUUGGAGACCUUGCCAGGGUUAAAGGGCCCUCCAGGUCCUCCAGGAAAUACUGGAUCAGAUGGGACCACAGGUGCUCCAGGAAAGACGGGCCAGAUAGGUGACCCGGGACCACCUGGACUUCCUGGUGUAAAGGGCAAUCAAGGUGAACGGGGUGAGACAGGGCCACCAGGCAUAGAAGGUCAGCCAGGUCCCAAAGGAGAUCCAGGGGUGGAUGGCACUCCGGGAUUGCAAGGGCCGCCGGGGCCACCAGGACCACCGGGUCCAGUAUCUUCUUCGUUAAUAGAAUCAGCAGGAUUAUAUGGGUCUAGUAGCCGCGGUCUCACCGCUUCUCCGGGUGAAAGGGGGCCAAUAGGUAUGCCUGGCCCUCAAGGUGAAAGAGGCUAUCCAGGAAAUAAGGGCGAGAAAGGAUUACAUGGAUCUAAAGGAGACAAAGGUGAUAGGGGAUACGUGGGGAACAGGGGGCAACACGGUGCGAAGGGCGAACGGGGCCCGCCGGGUCGCGAUGGGACACCGGGCCUCCCCGGCGCUCACGGGCGACCAGCGGAAAAGGGUGAGAAAGGCGCUCGUGGUCUACCUGGACCGCCCGGCACUUUCAAUCCAGUAUUGUCAGAAAAUUCAGUUGAAAUGGGUAUUUUGCGGUCGGGAUUGCGAGAUGCUUCCUCCCUUUCAAAGGGUGUAUAUGUAAAGGGUGACAAAGGAGAACGAGGUGACAAGGGUGAAAAAGGUGUUAGGGGUAUAGAGGGACCACAAGGAUUUCCGGGCAACGACGGCAAGCCCGGGGAACGCGGAGACAUUGGGCCGUCAGGCCUUCCCGGGGCACAAGGUACCACUGGACCUAGUGGGCCCAAAGGAGACAAAGGUGAAACUGGUGCACCUGGACCGGUAGCCCUAUCAAGGGACGAAGCAAUUCUACUGACCAAGGGUGACAAAGGCGAACCUGGCGCUAGAGGCAAGCGAGGACAUCCAGGGCCACCUGGUUUAAGAGGCCCACCCGGCCUUCCUGGUCCUCCAGGAAUACCAGGUAAUAAUGGAAUUUCUGGAGAUAUUGGAUUACCAGGAUGGACAGGUCCACCCGGAGCCACGGGACAGCCAGGUCCCCAAGGCCCUAAAGGUGAUAAAGGUGAUUCUAGUAUAUCUCCAUCUGACAUUGAAAAGGUCAAAGGACCACCAGGCGCGCCGGCAACUAAUAUUCAAUACAUCUCAGCGCCUGGACCCCCAGGCCCACCAGGUCCUCCUGGACCCCCUGGACCAUCGUACGCUAGUGAAAUACCAACAGAUAACAUACCUGAAAAUAUGGGUUCCGAUCGCCGUGGAUCUAAUAAUGGCAAGCAACGCGACGCUCUACAAAUUCUUAGAAGCUUAAAUCAUCUAGUACAAAGUCGCCAGGAGCUUUAUGGCUAUCGAGAUACAUUAGAGAAUGAAGAAGAUAUGGAUUUCGACGACGAUGAAGAAGGAAAAGCUAUAGUUGGAACUAUUUUGUUCAAGACAACGGAAUCUUUACUUAAACUUGGAGUUGCCUGUCCUCGAGGUACUUUAGCGUAUAUCAUACGAGAGCAAGCGUUACUUGUCCGUGUCAACAACGGCUGGCAGUAUGUCGCGAUGGGGUCCCUUUUGGCUAUACAAUCGAUCCCAAAUGAUGGUCCAACUAGAACACCUCUUCAAAAUGUCCUAGAAACAUCUAGCCUUAUACAUCACAAGAAUCCAGCGGGAGAAGGACCUGUAUUACGUCUAGCUGCCUUAGAUGAACCACAUACGGGAGAUAUGCAUGGAGUCAGCAGUACAAACUACGAGUGUCGUAGACAGGCUCAGAGGGCAGGUCUGGAGGGCACUUUUCGCGCAUUCAUAUCUUCAAGGGUACAAACGAUCGAUUCGAUAGUUAAUUGGGUGGACCGUGAAAUUCCCGUAGUAAAUACCAGAGGAGACGUCUUGUUCAACUCAUGGGGUGAAAUGUUUGAUGGAUCGGGUGCACUUUUUGCACACGCCCCAAGAAUUUUAAGCUUCAGUGGAAAAAACGUACUAGUCGAUUCCAACUGGCCCAACAAAGCUGUUUGGCAUGGCGCUGGCCCUAAUGGCGAACCAGCGAUGGACGCUUACUGUGACGCUUGGCAUAGUAGCAGUGCCGACAAAUUUGGUCUGGCAUCGUCACUGCAUUCUAACAAGCUGUUAGACCAGGAAACGUAUUCCUGUAGUACAAGGCUGAUUGUUCUUUGCGUUGAAUCAACUCCAGCCAACACGGUCAGAAGAAAAAAACGAUCCAAGUUUGAAGUUGGUGAAAAGUUGCAAUUGUUUAAGUCCUUCGAAGAAAGAAAUAGCAGCAGAAAAGUUUUA